GUGAAAGGUGGAGAGGAAAAGUCCUGUAUAAAGGUGGUGGCCGUGGCAAAGGACAGGCUGCAGCAGCAAGCAGGCCAGCUGACACUCCUGGUUUCAUCACCUUCUCCUCAGAAUGCAAACGUUGGCAGCUUUGUGCUCUCUUCUGUCACUCCUCUUUUCUGCUCAUGCAGAUGUUGUGGAGCGUUUUGAGGAUGUGCCAGAAUGCAUGACUUAUUUUUAUAAGGCGAAGGUGCCAGAAUGGGGAGCGUCCACCCCAGGCGCUGCCCGUCUGUGCCAGCGUUUUGUCAACAGGUUUCAUUUUGCCACACUGUAUGACACCAACCAUCGCAUUGCUGUCUACUCUGCGUAUCAUUUUGAGCCCAGCAAUGGAGGUGGCAGGGAGAACAGGUGGUUUGUGGAGCCUCAGUUGGUGAAUGACGGCUGGCAAGCUGAGAUGAAGGAUGGAUACUGGCUGGGGCAGGACUAUCCCGGCGUCUACCUCGGGGAGAAACAAGCUCUGAACGAGGACUACACAAACUCUGGAUUUGACCGUGGCCACCUUAACCCUAACGGACACCAUCCAGUGCCCAGUCGUAAUGCCACGUUCACCCUGACCAACGUGGUUCCCCAGAACCCCAAAACGAAUCAAGAUGCCUGGAGGAUCCACGAGUCCGACCUCACCACUCUUUUCCUUGAAAAGUGCUCAAAGGCCUACGUCCUGGUUGGUGCCGUCCCCUCAGCAGACAACUGGAUUGUCAAAAACAACGUGAAGCGCGUCAACAUCCCAGACUACGUGUGGAAUGCCUACUGCUGCGUGGACAACAACGACCAGCCCAUUCAGAGUGGCGCUGGUACAGCAAGAAACACAGACGAGAACUAUGUUGUAAAACGUUCACUGGAUGAACUGGGUGCCUUCCUGCAGCAGUUUUCCAAUGAACCAGUGGGGGAGCUGUUUUACAAUAACUGCGGAGCAUAAAUAAUUGGCAGCUGAAAAUCUUCAUGUGGUUCCCCAAUGUUUUAGAUUCCAAACUGUAUAUUUGAACAACCAGCCUGAAAAUCAAACUUCUGCAGCAGCUUAACCCUGUUACAAUUUUUAAUGAGGUCCAUCCCUUUCUAGAGGCGUAAUAGGUGAGAGGCAUCCGGCUAAAAUCACAUUAAAAUGCAAUUCAAAAUGAGAUUGGAUUAGAUGCAAAACUGGUUAGCACAUCUUGAGUAACAGUGACCCAACAAAGAGCAAAAGUUAUUAAACAUAUUCAUUUCAAUAGCUUUAAUCCCAGUUUAUUGACAAGCGUCUUUGGUUUUCACAAUCGAAUUAAAAAUAAAGUAUUAGUGAUUAUUCUUUCACAUGGAUGCUAAAUUAGGUAUCAAUUGUUUAUUUGAUUAUAACACAACAGAUAAGAAUUAAAGCAUUUAGAAUGCAAAUCAGAAAUAUUAGGUAUAUUCUAGCAUAAUUACAACCAUUAGAUGGCAACAAGGAGUCUCCAAUAUGAUCCUUGGUACAUGUGGAAUUUGCAUCAAGAGCUUCUGAUGGAGAUUAGAACCCAAAGUGGCCUGAGGUGAAUUCAUAGCAAUAUUCUAAAAAGGGUUAAAGCUAAUGAAACAACCAUUUACCUAUCUAACAAGAAUCUAAAUUAAUAAAAGCAUGUUUCACUGGA